CCGUCCGCAGCUCGGGCGCGCUGCCUGCGCCGGUACCUGGUCCAGCUGCCCGGGAGGCUCCGCCCGUCCGCUUCGCUCCGCGGCCGCGCCCCCGAGCUGUCCCGCGGGCUCAGGCUCGGACACUUCUGUUCUCUGUCCCCCAAGCACCAUGAGGGGCCUUCUAUGCUCGCCGCUGCCUAUGUUGCUGCUGCUUCUCCAGCCCUGGGAAAGCCGGCUCCAGUUCGCAGGUCCCUGGUGUCGUACGGGGCCCCUGGAUUUGGUGUUCGUGAUUGACAGCUCGCGCAGCGUGCGCCCCUUCGAGUUCGAAACCAUGCGGCAGUUCCUGGUGGGCCUCCUCCGCGGCCUGGAAGUGGGGCCCAAUGCUACGCGCGUCGGAGUGAUCCAGUACUCGAGUCAAGUGCAGAGCGUCUUCCCGCUCGGCGCCUUCUCGCGCCGCGAGGAUAUGGAGCGCGCCAUUCGCGCGCUGGUGCCGCUAGCUCAGGGCACCAUGACCGGGCUGGCGAUCCAGUACGCCAUGAACGUGGCCUUCAGCGUGGCCGAGGGCGCGCGCCCGCCGGAGGCGCGCGUGCCGCGCAUCGCUGUCAUUGUGACCGACGGGCGACCCCAGGAUCGUGUGGCUGAGGUGGCGGCGCAGGCGCGCGCCCGUGGCAUCGAGAUCUACGCGGUGGGGGUGCAGCGCGCCGACGUGGGCUCGCUGCGCGCCAUGGCCUCUCCCCCGCUGGACGAGCACGUCUUCCUCGUUGAGUCCUUCGAUGUUAUCCAGGAGUUCGGCCUACAGUUCCAGGACCGGCUGUGUGGAAAGGACCUCUGUGCUGAGGGGAGACAUGGCUGCCAGCACCAAUGUGUCAGCGCCCCGGGCACGUUCCACUGUGCCUGCAACCCUGGCUACCAGCUAGCUGCAGAUAACAAGAGCUGUUUGGCCAUUGACCUAUGCGCUGAAGGGACCCACGGCUGUGAGCACCACUGCAUCAGCUCCCCAGGCUCCUAUUUCUGCCGCUGCCUAGCUGGCUUUCUGCUCCAGCAGGACCAGAGAAGCUGCAGGGCCAUUGACCACUGCAGCUUUGGGAACCACAGUUGCCAGCACGAGUGUGUUAGCACCUUUUCGGGGCCCCGGUGCCACUGCCGAGAGGGCCAUGACUUGCUGCCCGAUGGGAGGAGCUGUCAGGCCCGGGACCUUUGCAAUGGUGUUGACCACGGAUGUGAGUUCCAGUGUGUGAGCGAGGGCCUCUCUUACCGCUGCCUGUGCCCCGAGGGCCAGCAACUCCAGGCAGAUGGCAAGAGCUGCAACCGGUGCCGGGAAGGCCACGUGGACCUGGUUCUGCUCGUCGACGGCUCCAAGAGCGUGCGCCCGCAGAACUUCGAGCUGGUGAAGCGCUUUGUGAACCAGAUCGUGGACUUCCUGGACGUGUCCCCCGAGGGCACGCGCGUGGGGCUGGUGCAGUUCUCCAGCCGCGUGCGCACCGAGUUCCCGCUGGGCCGCUACGGCACCGCGGCCGAGGUCAAGCAGGCGGUCAUGGCCGUGGAGUACAUGGAGCGCGGUACCAUGACGGGGCUGGCGCUGCGCCACAUGGUGGAGCACAGCUUCUCCGAGGCGCAGGGCGCGCGGCCCCGCGCCCUCAACGUGCCUCGCGUGGGCCUGGUGUUCACAGACGGCCGCUCCCAGGAUGACAUCUCGGUGUGGGCAGCGCGUGCCAAGGAGGAAGGCAUCGUCAUGUACGCCGUGGGCGUGGGCAAGGCGGUGGAGGAGGAGCUGCGCCAGAUCGCCUCCGAGCCUGCCGAGCUGCACGUGUCCUACUCUCCGGACUUUGGCUCCAUGACGCACCUGCUGGAGAACCUGAGAGGCAGCAUCUGCCCUGAGGAGGGCAUCGGCGCGGGUACAGAGCUUCGGAGCCCCUGCGAAUGUGAAAGCCUCGUGGAGUUCCAGGGUCGCACGCUGGGGGCGCUCGAGAAGCUAACGCAGAACCAUAUCUUUUGGGGCGGAGGGGGGAGGAUCCAGCACUUCGCCCUCUGGCCUUGCCUGUCUCGUGGUGCCCCCAGAUCGGGGCUGAAAAGCUGCUAG